AUGUCGAUAGUUUCGGGGGAUGGGAAUCGAGUGAACCAUACCAGUGUACCUUCAGUCAUAAAAUCCCUCUGGAGCAUUAGUCCUGGAGACCCUAAAUACGAUUAUUACGUGCGCUUUGUCGAGACGGUGGCCAGCUCGGAUAUAUUCAACCUCGACGGCUUCCAGGAGUUCGCUGGCGAUGACCAGCUAGACGUGGAUCUGACCCGGCUGGCUGUUGAUGUAUUACCGGAGGUUGCAAUCAAACCGAUAACGUCAGAGGACGCGAGGACUGCCCUCUUUAAGUGGACCAGGGUCAUCACCGAAGCUGGGGUUUGUUAUUCAACUAACUCGCUCGGUAUAGCGGACGUCGCUGUCACGGUUUCAGAUUCGAACGUCACGCUGAACUAUCCGAUUGGCUGCAAAUACUCUUCGCAGAUUUGCUACGUGAUGUUUGAAGUCGCCGAACCAAUUGAUUUUUAUGUCCAUUCGCCAUACGACAUAGUGGAUGUGGCAUCUCAGGCGUCCCGAGUGUAUCCUUCAUUGAGCCGGAGGUCCGAGCUCACGGUGAUGGAGACGAGGUGCGCGAAAGGAGUAAGAGAACUGGCGCCCAGGAGACGAGGAUGCUUGUUCAUUGAUGAACCGACUGAUGAUAGGAAAAAGAUCUACAGCGCCAAUACUUGCCGACUGUCGUGCAGGAGUAAGAGAGCUGUAGAGCUGUGUGGAUGCCGACCGUUUUAUUACGUAAACGAAGAAGGCCCGGUCUGCUCAGUGGCAGGAAUGGCGUGCUUGAGUGGACACUCCCAUCUUUUGUCCUCGACAGGUGCAAAAUGCUCUUGCACCCCUCAAUGCUUGGACAUGGUCUACAGGGAAAUCACUGUUAAGGAUACAAAAUGGGAGCACGGGCCCUUCGUCACCCGAGGCUCGAUCAGGUACAUCCUCCAAGCCCCAAGGACUCGGUACAACAGGGAAAUUGUCUUUUACUUACAAGACUUGAUAGUGUCACUAGGCGGCGCCACCGGUCUUUUCUUGGGCGCCAGCUUUAUAAGCUUCGUGGAAAUCAUUUACUUUGUGAUCGAAAGAAUAUUCAAGAGUUUGUUUGAGGAUUCCUCCACCAAAAACAACGUUGUUACCGUUAAAAAAUCAAACCCGUAUGAAGCAGACCGAGUCAUUGAACUCACGCGCGUUUUGGAUGUUCAAAAGAAAUACCCUCUUAAAUUAAACUAGGUUUUCGCCUACAAUUUCGCCUGCGUGGAUAUAUAACAGCC